GGCGACAUACCAUUACUGGAAGUCGUUCUAGUUGGAUUCCCGCACUUCUUUUGUUUGCAGAUCGACGCCAUCGAAGCGAUAAUUACCUUCAAUCUUGAAAACCCUUUUACAAUUUGGUUUGAGUUUUGUUAGGCAAUCAUGGGCUCCGAUGCUGAUAUGGAGGAUUAUGGGUUCGAGUACUCAGAGGAGGAGCCUGAGGAGCAGGAUGUUGACAUUGAGAAUCAAUACUACAACUCAAAAGGUUUGGUUGAAACUGACCCAGAAGGGGCACUUGCUGGUUUUGCUGAGGUUGUCCGUAUGGAACCAGAGAAGGCUGAAUGGGGAUUCAAAGCUUUAAAGCAAACUGUUAAACUCUAUUAUCGGUUGGGGAGGUAUAAAGAGAUGAUGGAAGCUUAUAGGGUCAUGUUGACAUACAUUAAAUCAGCUGUAACGCGAAAUUACAGUGAAAAAUGUAUAAACAAUAUAAUGGAUUUUGUUUCUGGGUCAGCUAGCCAGAACUUUGGCCUUCUACAAGAGUUCUAUCAGACUACUCUUAAAGCCCUUGAGGAGGCUAAGAAUGAGAGAUUGUGGUUUAAAACUAACCUUAAGCUCUGCAAGAUUUGGUUUGACAUGGGUGAAUACGGACGGAUGAAUAAGAUUUUGAAGGAGCUUCACAAGUCUUGUCGAAGAGAAGAUGGUACUGACGAUCAAAAGAAAGGAACACAACUUUUGGAGGUGUAUGCUAUAGAGAUUCAAAUGUACACAGAGACUAAAAAUAACAAAAAACUCAAGCAACUGUACCAAAAAGCACUCUCGAUCAAAUCAGCAAUACCCCAUCCACGAAUUAUGGGAAUUAUUCAUGAAUGUGGUGGGAAAAUGCAUAUGGCAGAGCGCCAAUGGGCAGAGGCAGCAACAGAUUUUUUUGAAGCUUUUAAGAACUACGAUGAAGCUGGGAAUCAGCGGCGUAUUCAAUGUCUAAAAUAUUUGGUUCUGGCAAACAUGCUGAUGGAAUCUGAAGUUAACCCAUUUGAUGGGCAGGAGGCAAAGCCAUACAAGAAUGACCCCGAGAUAUUGGCCAUGACGAAUCUGAUAGCAGCAUACCAACGGAAUGAAAUAUUGGAGUUCGAGAAAAUUCUUAAGAGUAAUAGGAGGACUAUAAUGGAUGAUCCAUUCAUUAGAAAUUACAUCGAGGAUCUUUUGAAAAAUAUUAGAACCCAAGUUUUGCUUAAGCUCAUCAAGCCUUACACAAGAAUUCGAAUUCCAUUCAUAUCAAAGGAGCUUAAUGUGCCAGAGAAAGAUGUCGAACAAUUGCUGGUCUCGCUAAUUUUGGAUAACCGUAUCCAGGGGCAUAUUGAUCAAGUUAAUCGGCUGUUAGAGCGUGGGGACAGGUCUAAAGGGAUGAAAAAAUAUGCUGCGAUAGAUAAAUGGAACACACAGCUCAGGUCGCUCUACCAAACUAUCAGCAAUCGAGUAGGAUAAUAUUUGUCAAGUAAUGUAUCGACAUUCUGCUAGGAAGAGCUCCCAGUUUUGGUAUACUGUGGUGUUAAGUUGGGGGAGGGGGGACUUUUCAUUGAUUCAAAUAUCCCCAUUCAUACCAUAGAGUUAGGCAACCUGUGAAUACCAAGAGGGGUUUUUAUUUUGGUAUUAUUUGUUAUAGACUAAACUUGUGUAAUGUGUACAUUCGAAGUUCGUUUCUUUCAUGUCAAUCUGGUUCCUGACAGGUGUUAUGUGG